AUGGCCGCACAAAACGAUCAAACUCCCAGCGCUGUUGGCCAUGGUCCUUUCCAUCCUGCUCCUCCUCAUGAGACCGGCAAAGAUGAGAAAUGGCACAAACCCGGUGUGCAGGCUUCUGAAUAUGACCGUGCCCCCGAAUUUCACGCCCAACCACUUCCUCCUGGGACUGCCCCUUCUGGAAGUUCCUACCAGCCAAAUCCCAUCCACGAGAUUCCCGGUCAAGCCAACAAUGACAAUGUUCUCCGUGCUCAUGGCAAGGAGAGCACUUUCACCACCCCUCUUAGUACAUUUCCUGGUGCCACGUCCGGCGACGUCAAUAAGGGAUGGGGCAAGCCUAUGAAUGGACAGACCAGCAACGAGCUCCGUCAUGAGGGCGAGCAUCACCGCAAGCAUCACGGAUCUGGGUUCGAGGGCGUGGGUGCCACCGGCCCUCCCAAGCACACUGAUGCCUCCAUCAGUAAUCCCUAG